GACGAAGAAUUCAUUCGCGGAAGAACCACAACUCACAACGGAACGGGAUUUCUUUCUUGUUCUGCAGAUUAUUUGCGCCGAGACCCAUUUGCAGGUUAAGCCAGACGCCCGUGUGAUGCUCGAGCUGGCAUAUUGCAAUUAGAGAUUCUGCAGAGAAAUCUACGGGAAAGCUUCAGCAAGACUGAGAUUUUUGAGACUGAUGAAUCAGUGAACGGAUUUGCAGUGGGGUUGCCUGAUAAUAACGAUUUGAAGAUGUCUGCCGCCAAGAGCAGUCAACAGCAAUUGCCCACCGGAUCCAAGCAGACUGAGCUGGACCAGAUAUGGGGUGACCUGCGAGAGGGCAUCGAACAGGUGUACAGUAGGAAGUCCAUGUCCAAGACUCGAUACAUGGAGCUCUACACUCAUGUGUACAACUACUGUACAAAUGUGAACCAGAACAACAGUGCCAGCAGGAACGAAAGCCGAACAGGGGCUUUGAGUAAAAAUAAAAAAACGCAAAUGUCUGGUGGCGCCCAGCUUGUUGGCUUGGAGCUUUACAAGAGGCUGCGAGACUUCCUGAGAAAGUACCUUGUUAAAUUGCUAGAGGAUGGAACCGACCUGAUGGACGAGGAUGUACUGACAUUUUACACACGGCAAUGGGAGGAAUACCAGUUUAGUUCAAAGGUUCUCAACGGUGUUUGUGCAUAUCUGAAUAGGCACUGGGUCAGGAGAGAAUGUGAAGAAGGGCGGAAAGGAAUCUAUGAAAUAUACCAGCUAGCUCUAGUAACAUGGCGCGAGUAUCUUUUCAGCAAAUUAAAUAAGCAGGUGACCAACGCCGUCCUGAAACUUAUCGAUCGUGAACGUAAUGGAGAGCCGAUCAACACACGCUUGGUUAGCGGGGUCAUCAACUGUUAUGUUGAGCUUGGUCUAAAUGAGGAAGACCCUGGCGCCAGAGGUCCAAAUCUUUCGGUCUACAAAGACUCGUUUGAGGAUUUGUUCUUCGAAGAUACUGGCCGAUUUUAUUCUAGAGAGAGCAGUGAAUUUCUUCUGCACAAUCCGUUCACCGAAUACAUGAAGAAGGCGGAGCAAAGGCUCUUAGAAGAGCAGAAGAGGGUCAAGGUCUAUUUGCACGAGACCACUUUGGAUCGUUUGGCAAAGACGUGUGAAAAUGAACUUAUACAAAAGCACUUGGAAAUGUUCCACGAAGAGUUCAAGAUCCUCCUUGAUCAAAAUAAGGAUGAUGAUCUUGGACGUAUGUACUCAUUAGUAGCUAGGAUCCCGGACGGUCUUGGAGUGCUCAGGUCCCUUCUUGAGCAGCACAUUUACACCCAAGGCUUGGAAGCAAUUGAGAAAUGUGGUGAAUCGGCGGUCAAUGACCCGAAAGUAUACGUCAGCACAGUUUUGGCUGUUCACAAAAAAUACAAUGCUUUAGUUUUGACGGCAUUUAACAACGACUCUGGCUUUGUAGCAGCAUUGGAUAAGGCGUGUGGGCGGUUUAUAAAUAUAAAUGCAGUCACUAAAAGUGCCAACGCAUCGUCAAAGUCACCAGAACUUCUAGCCAAGUUCUGUGAUCACCUUCUAAAAAAGAGCUCUAAGAAUCCAGAGGAGGCUGAACUGGAAGAUACUUUGAAUCAAGUGAUGGUAGUCUUCAAAUACAUUGAAGAUAAGGACGUCUUCCAGAAGUUCUAUUCGAAAAUGUUAGCAAAGCGUUUAGUGCAGCACAUGUCCGCAAGCGACGACGCCGAGUCCUCAAUGAUCUCAAAACUAAAACAGGCUUGUGGUUUCGAGUACACGUCGAAACUGCAGCGCAUGUUCCAAGACAUCGGGCUUUCGCGCGACUUGAACGAUCAAUUCAGGAAGCAUUUAAGCAACUCCAAGGAGACCCCAGACAUAGACUUCAGCAUACAGGUGCUGUCCUCAGGUUCGUGGCCCUUCCAGCAGUCCUUCAGCUUCUCACUACCCACUGAACUGGAGCGCAGCGUCCAUCGAUUCACGAACUUCUACAGUGCUCAACACUCUGGACGAAAACUCAGUUGGCUCUACAACAUGUCCAAGGGCGAGUUGGUCACAAACUGCUUUAAAAACAGAUACUCCUUGCAAGCGUCCACUUUCCAAAUGGCAGUUCUUCUACAGUUUAACAGCGCCUCUUCUUGGACCCUAGGACAGUUAAAAGAACACACUCAAAUAAAGCAAGACUAUUUGAUUCAGGUUGUUUGUAUAUUGCUGAGAGCUAAGCUGCUGACAACGGAAGAUGACGAGUCUGAUCUGCAGAACAGUUCGGUCUUAUCCCUGUACCUGGGUUAUAACAAUAAAAAAUUGCGAGUAAACAUAAACAUCCCAAUGAAAACUGAGCUGCGAGUAGAAGAGGAAGCCACCCACAAGCACAUUGAAGAGGAUCGAAAAUUGCUUAUCCAAGCUGCCGUUGUGCGAAUUAUGAAAAUGCGCAAAGUAUUGAAGCACCAGCAGCUGGUGGCUGAAGUUUUGAAUCAGCUUUCACCCCGUUUUAAGCCGAGAGUCCACGUGAUUAAGAAAUGCAUUGACAUUCUGAUAGAGAAAGAGUAUCUAGAACGAACAGAGGGCCAGAAGGACACCUACAGCUAUCUGGCGUGAGGCCUGACUACCGGUGCUAGCAAGUGAAUGGGUUGAUUUUGAUUAAAAAAAUUUAAAAUAUAAUUUCAAACAGGAAAAUUAUUUGUUGAGCGAUUUGGAGCAAUUAAUUUAUGAAGGUGGCUGGCUACCUAACGAUGAACUGAAUGGCCCCAGUUGCUUAUACUUGUGGCAGCCUCUGAAAAACUAAUUUAUAUCUUGCCUUAACGUGAAUGUGCGCCUAUAGUUUUUAUCAAAUUAAUCUCAUCUAGAAUAGAACAAAUUGAAUUCAGAAUGGUUUUAAGUAUUGUAAUAGAAUCCAGAAAGACAGUAAUUUUCAGAUUGUUUAUUUCCACAUCAUGGUGAUACAAAUCGGCUCUCUUACAAUAAGUUGUGAAUUAUUAUCAGUUAUAUUUCCUGUACUUUUAUUGGAUCCAGUGCGUUUUUGUUAUUUGCUUUCAACCAUAAUUUUGACAUCAACUAUCAGCCUCCCACGAUGUUGACCCCAAAGUAUAUAAUUUCAACAUGGAAUAAAAAUUGCAAUGUAAAUAAUAUAA